AUGACUCCAUCCUGCAACUUUGACACUUUGCUUAUAUUUGAUGGACAAAAUAUCAAAGAAAACUCUGAUUGUUAUAAGACGUGCAUUAAUUCAGAUGGCUGUGAUCCAGAAAACCUUGGAAAUGGUAUAUGUGAUGACUCUUGCAAUACUCAAAAUUGUGGUUUUGACUGAGGAGAUUGCACUUGCGCUCCUGGUUGUUUAAAUAAUAUGCUAGGAAAUGGGAAUUGCGAUGAAGCCUGUAAUAAUUGAGAAUGUGACCUAGAUAAUCAUGAUUGUGGAGCAUGUGCUGAAGGGUGUUUCCCGAUAAUGCUUGGAAAUGGAUUAUGCGAACCAGAAUGCAAUAACGAAGAUUGCUUAUAUGAUUAUAAAGACUGCCAAUGCGCUAAUGGUUGCUCUAUAGAGGAUUAUGGAAAAUGUAAGCCAGAAUGCAUGGUGGCAAAUUGCAACUAUGAUAAUCUUGCUCAAUUCCCAAAUAACCAAUGCAAAAAUACUUCUUUACUCUUUCUCCAUGAUAAUUUAAAUAUUUUUCUCUUCGAAAGUAUUUUCACCAAAGCAUUUUAUUUUGCAUAGAAAAAUUUUAAAAUUUUUAAAACAUUAUAUUUGAAGACAACCAAAUAGAAUUUUUUUUUUCCUGUAAACGUGCAUGCUGACCGAGGGGAAUUCAGCAAUUUUUUCUUCUUAUCAACAAAUUAUCCGGAACAAUUUUUCAUAUGUUACUCAUCUUGAAGAUUGUUAUAACCUGUUUGUGCCUUUAGCUCCAGACUACAAGCUGCUUGAUCCAGCAACUUGGCAAUAUUUCUUCAUUUCUUAAUCUUUGGACAACCCAUAAAUCGAUCUAUAAGCAGCCCUAGUCUAUAUAAAGCCUCUAAUUAUAGCUGCACAUUGGAAAAAGCACUAGAUUUUGACCUUUACAGCUUAAAAGAAGAAUGCAAUUAUCUCGAAUGCAACUAUGGAAACGGAUAUUUAGGGAGUUGAAUUUACAGUUGUUAUCGCGCUUAUGGAGAUUCUAAUUCAUGCUUAACUUGUCCUAAUGAUUUUUAUCAGAAGUACAUUUUGAUAGAUGGAGACUGCUGGGGCAGAGGACAAUUGUCUUGGAGCCCUUCUACUUUACCAGAUGGAUCUCUCAUUGAGCUGCCUUUAAAUGAUACCUCUUCCUCUAAAAAUCCUCACAUAUAUUUUAUUUGCCCAAAUGCAAGCUCCAAUCCAGAAAGUGGAGAUGGGACCUAUUUUUUCCCUUUUCAGUCUCUUACGUAUGCUCUUUAUAAUAUCAAUUAUAAGCACUCAGUUGUUUAUUUAUUAGAUUGUGACGGGUAUAACUUAACAUCAUAUAAAAUAUCAUUAAUUUCUACAAAUACAGAUGUACUUGAAACAAUUGCAUUUGCAGGAAAAAGUGUUAAAUUUACGACAUUGAACAAUGAAAAAAUAACGAUAAAAAGAGUAAUAGAUGAUUGAAAUGAUAAUAGUCAUUGAGGCUUUGGGUUUUAUUUUGAAAAUGCUAUAAGUAUCGAGAUGAAUAAUCUGAUUUUUGAUUGAAAAAAUACGAUUGCAGAGUGUAAUAAUGAUAACUAUUGCGAUUAUUGUCCUUUUGUGGUUAUUAAGUCAAAUGCUUACUAUAGCGAUAGAGGAGAAACUAUAAAUGAUUUUUUAGCUAGCUGAUGCGAAAAUGAUGCCCAGAGUAUAUUCUUACAGCUUAGAUACAGCAAUUUAUUGCUAAAGAAUGUUAGCUUUAUUAAUUUCAGGACUGAGUUUCGGUAUCUUUUGAACAUAAAAAAUGAUUCAAAUGUGACCUUAUAUAAUGUUACUUUUGAUAAUAUAAAGGUUCGCAAUGAAUAUGAAUCCUGGGUUAUCCGGAUGGACGGGACUGGGUAUGGGAAUUUUCAUUAUGAAAAUGGGGUUGUAAGCAGACUUAAUAAUGGCUAUGAACUGUAUGAUGCUAUUAAUGUUAAAGGAUUUUUUAAUGGAACUGGCAUUAAUACAAUUGUUUUUAGAAAUGUGAAAUUUCAGUAUAAUGCAGUCUUUAAGCAGGCUGUGCUUGAUUUAAAUCUUGCCUCAUUGAUUUUUUUACAUUUAUUUCAAGCUAUUUGAAUUGACUCUUGCACAUUUUUGUAUAAUCUAUGCGAUUUUGGGAUAGUAUAUAUUCAGCAGGAGUUUUAUAAUUUUCCUAUUGAAAUUGAUGAUAAUGGGGUUAUAAUUUAUUCGAAAAUUAGUCAUGUCCGUAUUUCUAACUCAAAUUUUACGUCAAAUUAUGGUAGAACUGGUGGAGUUAUUUAUGCUUUAUAUGAGGAUAAUAAUCAGAAUUUUCUGAUUGAGAAUUCAUCAUUUACCUUUAAUGGAAUUGAAAGCGGCUCUUUGAUGCAUAUUGAGAGCAAUUAUUUAAAUGAAAUGUAUCUAGUCGAUAGAAAAUUUAAUGCAAUUUUGCUAGACGGAAGCAUUGAAGAAGGAAAAUAUUUAGCUAAAUGAGUGAAAUUUCAAAAUUCAUUUUUCACAAAUAAUUAUUCAGGGAAAGCUGGAAUAAUUGAAAUUUCAAGAAUGGCUAAUAUUCAAUGAGAGAAAUUGAAUAUGAACUCAAAUGGCUUAUCUUUAUCCGAACCCAUGAACAUAAACUCGAUAUUAAUGAAAUUUUAUAUACAAAAUCCCUUAGCUUAUCCUAAACUCAACAUCACUAAUCCUACUGAUAUUAAUUGCGAGUCUCUAUCAAUUGUAUCUGACUCUAUCAAUUUAAACAUAGAGCGAAUAAAUAUCGAAAAUAAUUACUGCAAGUAUUCUUCUCCUUGCAUUAAUAUUUCCAAUACAGUCAAUAGUAUAGUAAAAUCGAGCUAUUUUAAUCAAAACAAAGGUGUCGGUAGUAGAGGUAUUGCUUUAGCGUUUCAAGGAAAUAUGAUUUAUAAAAUUAUAAACUCUGAGUUCUAUUUUAAUGUAAAUUAUCAAUAUGGAAGCCCAGGAGCUAUAAGCAGCUUUUCGAGCUUGCUAUUGCAUAAUUGCACUUUUUCUAGCAAUGCUGGUACAUUGUAUUUUGGAGGGCAAAAUCUUAGUAUUUUUUCAUCUGAUUUCGACUCUAAUAGCUCACCAGGAUCAAAUGGUGGUGCAGUUACUGUUUCAAUGCAGCAAGAUACAAUAGACACAUCUAUAUUUUUUAUUUCAAACACAACUUUUAAAAAUAAUUCCUGCUCUUUUAGUGGGGGAGCAAUUUAUAUUGAAAAAACAACUCCAUUAGAUUUACUAUUGAUAUUCCAAAUAGAUAGCACAGAUUUUUUUAAAAAUCAAGCUUGAGAUGGCUCUUGCAUUUAUAUAGACAGCAAUGUAGAGCUUACUUCUAAUUCUUCUAUUAUUGACUGCUAUUUUCAAGAGAAUAUAGCAAGCUUUUCAGGCACUGUUUCGGUUUCUUACCUAUAUGGGAUAUUGAUUUUUGAGCAUUGCAAUUUUGUUAAAAAUAAAGGAAUUUAUAGUUCUGGAUUAAAUAUAGCAAUAGGCGAAAACACCGAAGAAAAUGCUUCAAAAAUAUUUUUAAAUUCUUGUAUUUUUCGGCUUAAUUCAGGAAAUACAACAAUUUCUAUGGAUAAUACCAAUAUAAACUCUACUUUAGAAUCUUAUGAUUCUUUAUUUGAAUUCAAUGUUGGCUCAAUUUUUUUCCUUGACUAUGACUAUGUAUUCAUAAAAAAUUCAAAAAUUCAGCAUAAUAUUUCUCCUAACUCAGGUGGGGCAUUGAAUCUUAAGAAUUCAGCAAAAUUUUUUUCAGAAAAUACAACUUAUGUAAACUGCAGCAGCAAUAUUAAUGGUGGAGCUGCUUCUAUUAGCCUAAAGUCCCAAUUUAUAUGUUUUUCAUGCCUUUUUAGCACAAAUUAUGCUGGCUCUUCAGGAGGUGUUAUAUAUGCUGAUUCAGAUGCUCAGUUUUAUAUUUCUGACUCUAUUAUUAGUAAGAAUUCGUGCAAAAACAAAGGAUCAGCAAUAUUUAUGGCUAGUUCGUUAGCCAGCUCAUCAAUAAAUAAUACAGAAAUAUCUGAAAAUUAUGCAUAUAAUGAAGGAUUAUUUUUUAUUUUAUCAUCUCAAAUUACUAUAUCUUCGUCUAAAAUUCUCAGAAAUACUGCUCUUGGAAAAAAUCCCAGCCUGUAUAUUGAUGAUUCUGAUGUUAUUAUAGCUGACACAACUUUUUCAAAUCAAAAAGGAAAUCAAGGAUGCUUUAUUUAUAUGAGCACAAGUUAUGUGAACAUUACUAACUCUGCCUUUUCUAAGGGAUUUUCUAAUAGCUCAGGUAUUGCAAUACACGCGACGUCUAGUAAAAUAGAAAUUUAUUCAUCGGCAUUUUCUGAUCUUUUUUCCAGUGAUACAGGCGGAUCGAUUUACCUUUAUGAAGGCAGCAGUCUUUUUAUUAAGGAAUCAAAAUUCAUGAAUUCUAGCUCAUCUAUAGACUCAUAUUCGAGCUCUAUUACUAUAGAAAAUACUCUAUUUAAAGAUCAUACAAAUACUGCUAUAUAUUCAAGCCAAAUUGAGGAACUUCAUAUAUUAAACUCAAAAUUUAUUAAUGGGCAAGGAGUAAACGGUGGAUCUAUUUACUGCACCCAAUGCAACAUUAUUUCAAUUUUGGACUCUUGAUUUAUUAGCAAUUUAGGUGUAUAUGGAGGAGCAAUCUAUAUUACAAAUGAAGCAGACCACCCAGAAUCAUCUCAAAUUACUAUUUCAUCUUCUAAUUUUCAAUUAAAUACCGCUAGUAAUGGUGGAGCAAUUUGGACAAAUAACAUAAAUCUGCAUAUUUUGUCAUCAGUUUUCUAUGAAAACAAAGCUGAAACAUUAAUUCCAAAGAGCCACGAUAUUGAAGAUGGGAUUGGAGGAGCAAUAAAAGUAAGCUGCCAAAGUUCAAACUCUAUCUGCUAUUUUGAUAUUUCGUCAAACUCUUUUAUUAAUAAUAUAGCCAGCUACAAUGGUGGAGCUAUAAGCUGGGAUAACUCAAAGCCAUUUUUUGACAAUAAUCAUUUUGAAAAUAAUUCUGCAAUAUACGGGCCAGAUAUAGCUUCUUUUCCUACAAUGAUGAUUUUUCUAACUCUUUUUUAUAAUUAAUUUUAAUAAUAAAUACAAUUUUUUUAAAAAAAUAUUUUACGCUUUUGGAUUAAAUAAUGAUACCAGGAGCCUGCAAAGCAAAACUAUGUCAAAAGACAGAAGCAUUUUAGUGCUGGACAAUGUCGCAUCAGGCCAAACAAAUAAUCCUUCAUUAGUUUUUGCUUUAGUUGACGAUCUUUAUCAAAUAAUUUCUACAGAUACUGCAAGCCAAGCACAGAUGCAAGCAAUAAGAGCUGACACAGUAAUAUCAGGUACUACUAUUGUAUAUGCGAAAAAUGGGAUUUAUUAUUUCGAUGAUUAUAUCAUUUCUGCGAAGCCAGGCUCUUCUGUUGAUAUUGAUAUAGUUUCUUCAGCAAUAAAUACACAGAAAAUGAACACAACAAGCGAAAUUUUGCAAAUGUCAAAGAGCUUCUCUAUUGAGGUCAAUUUGCGUUUAUGCGAUAUUGGAGAGGCCACAGUUGGUCUAGUCUGUGAAAUCUGUCCAAAAGGAUAUUAUAAUAUAGAUUUAAAGAAAUCUAAGUGUUCGGAUUGUCCAAAAAAUGCAAUUUGUUAUGGAAAUUUCUCAAUAGUUCCAAAAUCGGGGUAUUGAAGAGAUAUUGACUUUUUUUUUGAAUUUACCAAAAAGAAAAGCUUGAAAAUCACGGUAGGCAAUUCAAGGGAAAAACUAUAAUAACUUUACAGAUAAAUUUUGAAAAUGUCCUUAUCAGCCAGCUUGCUUGGGCUCUCCUGAUAUUUCUAAUUUAUCAUUAACUGGGAAGUGUGAUAAAGGCUACGAAAAUAACAUGUGCCAUUCGUGUGAAUAUGGUUACUCACGAUUAUGAAAUAUUUGAUUAAUUAAAUUCAAGCAUUUAAAAUUUUUAAACUGAUAUUUUAGUUAAAAAUCAAAUAUUUAAAAAUUAUUUCCUAUCAAACUCAGCGUAAAUAAAUAAUAUAUAGAAAUGAGUGCCAAGUUUGCCCUGACUAUACCAGCAAUAUUUUUCGAUGAAUUGGAAUUUCUACCUUAUUGAUUUUUAUCACAAUAGUUAUUUUAAAAACAACUAGAAAUUCUUGAUACAAGCCAAACUCUUUCUCAUCAAUUUAUAUAAAAAUAUUUUGGAAUUACUUGCAGAUUAUAAUUAUUACGGCAACAUAUAAUUUAAAUUGACCAUUUGAAGUAGUCCAAUUCUUCUACAUCCAGACAUCUCUGGACUAUAUUGGAGGGCAGAUGUUUUCGUUUGAUUGCUUUUUGCAGUCAUCAUACUCUAAAAGCAGGACAAAAAAUAAUUUUUUUAUAUUUUUUUUAUUAAAAUAUUUUUUUCAAUAUUUUUAUCUCUAAAAGCGUCAUUUAUUAUAUAAAAAUUUUAAUCACAAGUCUGACUCCUUUUUUGGCAGGUUUGGGCUGCUUAAUGUUUUGAAUUUUAGUUUAUAAGAUCAAGAAGAAGCCUAUAAAAGAAAUGUGAGAUGACUUUAUAUCUACAGCUGUAGUUUUGCUGUUUUUAAUACAUCCAAGCAUUAUUGAUAAUAUGUUCAAUGUUUUUAGCUGCAAAGAAAUUAACCCUGGAGAAUAUUGGCUUAAUGUCGAUUUGGGAAUAAGGUGCUGGGAUCGUGAUCACGCUUUUUAUGCGCUUUUACUGGCUUUACCGACGAUAAUUAUAUGAGUUGUUACAAUUCCUUUAUUUUGCCUUAUGAAUUUGAUAAAAAAUAGAAAUUAUUUAGGAGAAAUGUGGAUGAAAAAACGAUAUGGGUUUCUUUGUAAUGGAUAUGAACCAAAGCACUAUUAUUGGGAAUUCAUGAUUUUAUUCUAUAAAGUGAUUUUAAUAGGCUGCUCCGCAUUUUUAUCAAAUAUUUCAGCCAAUAUUCAAGCUCUUUCAGCAGCUCUUUUCUUUGUACUAUUUCUCCAUCUUCAUUCCAGGAAUGAACCUUUCAGUGAAGUAUUUUUCAAUAAAGCAGAAACUUUCUCCAGAUUAGCCUCAUUAAUAACGAUACUGACCGGCCUUUGCUUUUUAACUGCUGAUCUAGGCAUUGUUGUCACAUAUAUUUUACUUGUUCUCUUGAUAUUUGUCAACGCUUUAUUUAUUACUUACAUUUUGGCUAAAUUUUUCUUACAAUUUGCAAUCAUUGACCGCAUUAUUAUGAAAAUAUGGAAAAUUUUUUAUCCAAGAGAAAAAAAUAAUAUUGUUCCUGAUAAUGAAAAUGAGCUAAAUCGAAGCUGUAAAGAGGUUCAAGGAGACUGCAAAAAAAUAGAGAGCAGGAUGAUACUUUCUGAUAACACAAAAAUUGGAAUAAUUUUCAAAGAGGGUUUAAGCAAUUCAGUAGAGUAUGACCCUUUUUCGUCAGUAAGAAGCAUAUCUGCUUUGAAUUAA